AUGGUGUUUAUCACUCUUCCUGUGGCUGUGAACAGGCCAGGACCUGAGCCAAGGGUAUGUUACUUGAGACAUAAACUUAAUACAAUGAGACUUAGAAACUUGAUCCCCUUUUACAUUGGGUUUCUAGAAAAACAAACGGUAUAAUAUACUGGGAAAAUUUUCCUAAACCUGGAUUUUAAUUAUGUAAUUCCAGUAUAAUCAUUUGCACUUUAGUUUAUUAUCAUAUGAACAUGACAGUAAAUCUGAGGAAGGAAAAUAGAACGAAGGGGCCGCAAACUUGGAGUUAUUGAUUGGACAAGAUUUCAGGGUGUCUUUCAAGUUGGUGAGGCUUAGCACUGCUAUACAAUCACAAGAUACUUUCAUCAGGGUAGUUGUGAAAAUCGUGUAUCUGUUAUCUGAACCCUUCCGUUGCAAUGCAAAAGUACACGAUUUUGAUUUUAAAGCCCACAAAUAUCACUAAGAUCAAAGUCAACGAAUGAUAAAUAGUUCGAGAAGGAAAACAGGAAAGUGAGGACUUAUUGGAUUUUACAGAUGGGUUUUCAUUUGUAGACAUGUGAAGGAAGGCAGCUUUAAGAUAAAUUCCAACAAAAGGAGGUAAUGUGCUUUGACGCUUACAGUUUGUUCAAGUUCCAUAUCAAGAGCAACCACGCGCGCAAAAACACUAAAAGAACAACAGAGACCAAGUACGCACUCUUGCGUGACAGCUAAAAUUUGCAUGAAAACAAAGUGAAAUAUAUACCUUGAUGUUGCUGUAUUUCCACAAUCGUUGAAAACGCUACAUCAACGCUUAAACAUACUAUAGCAACAAGAGCUAGGAAACGGUUCCGAUGGUGAGAUUUCAUAGCAAUGACCGGCCACCGGGAAGAGCUACGUGCACAUUGCGUUGUAGACAGCUUCCGUGGUGAAAAUUCCUUAUGGUCAGCGGUUAUAAAGACGCUUUUCGUAUAUUUCGAAAACUGACGAUCAUCGACGAUCACUCGUGAAAGUGAGGCAAUCGAUUCGAACUAUUUCACACACAACAGAAUUUGCUGAGAGAGCUCAUUCCACACCUUGAAACUGAAAAAAAAAAAAAUGAAAUGACCAGCAAAGUUCAGAGAAAGCCACAAUUUCCACCACAAACAAACAAUUGGUGUUGGAGGACGAGAUCGUGUGGAGGGAUUAACAGCGACCAUGUAAGUUAGUUCUUUGGUCUCGUGAUGAACUCGUGAAUUUUGUACAGAGAAGUAUAGCAGCAGAUGGAAAGAAAACAUUUCACGGUAUUUUCCUCUUUAAGAUUUCGAGAUCAUAAAAUGUCUUGGAAGUUAAUUAUCUGUUAACUUUAAGUCAGUGAGAAUUUUUCAGGAAAAAUUCUUGCACUGCCUUUGUACGGCCUCUUGCAGUCCAUUAAUUAUGGAAGUAGUUUUCUAAUGAAAGCGCCAUUCCAGUGACUGUUUAUUUUGCAUAUUUUUAAUGAGGGUCAGGCCGAUAGUAAAAUCACUCAAGAAUCGACAUGAAUAGGACGAUUUCCUUCGUGAAACACGUAGAGCUGCUCAUUCGAAAUAUUCGCUCAUGGCGUAUAAAAAUUUAAAGAACAUUGCAUUUUAAAUAUUAAUUUCACAUGUUCAUAAACUGGAGAAGAAAAAACACAAAACAAUGCUCUUAAGUUGAUUCACCCAUUUAUUAAAAAGCUUAAGUUUUUAAUAAUUCUUGGUCAAAAAAUUAUUGUUUUGAAUUGAACAUGGUCGAAGGCUGAAAUUUUUUUUUUCGGUGUCCUCUUUGCACGUGUGCAAAAUCAACCAAAAACAAACCACGUGUUUACAAUUGAGGUCCUGGGGACUCAUGGGAAUGUUCUUAUCUGACAAGCCAGCGACGGCCAUGCCAAGAAUGGCCUUUCUUUUGUAGGCCUUUUGCAUCCGGUUAGUUGAUCGAGCAUCUUUUGUCCUAGAUCUGUGAUGGAGAAGAAUUUAUGACGGCAAAUGAUUUUUGUUCACGUAUUAUCGGUUAUUUCAGUUGCUGGAUGUUUUGUAUCCUGGUAGUUUUUGCAAACGCAGCAAGUCACACCCCCGUACUUUGUGUUUAGAACCAGUUUGCGUUCAUUAUUGACUUAAGAAAUUUCUGUUCUGUUUAGAUCCGUCCAAUGAGUUUUCCAUGUGUUCUUGGCAUGAACGAAGUUGGAUGGGAAGAUGGAGCGUACCACAGCAAUGGUAUGACUCCAAAACUUGUAGGACGCACCAGUAAUGGUGGAUCGAAGACGAACAACAGUGGCUUCGAAAUUGAUGUAGGUGGCAAAUCGAACGGUGAAGUGGCAAGUUACCUUUUCCAGCGUCAAGGAGUCGCAACAAGCUUUUCUAAAACAGUUUCAGAAAACGACAAAGGCAAUUUUUCUGGCCAGCGAUGGUCAUCUGUCGGUGAAGGAAUGUCAGAGCAGGUAAAAACCUAUGUCAACAGUGUUAUUUUAGCUUGUGUAUAUGACCGAGUAGAAUUACGGUGACUUGGUUCGUGCUAGGAACGACUAAGCAUUCUUAAAUACAACAGCUACUUUUGUAGAGAAGUGAUAACUGUUUAAAUGCUUAGCUUUUGGUUGGUUUACCAAACGUAUGGUUCCAGAGUAGGCAGUGCAGUUAAAGUGGAUUGCAAAAUUUCAUUUCUGUGUUCUCUUGAGACAUUGAUUGUCGGCUUAAAGAGUUGUUGUAAUAACGCUUAAAGCGUCUUCCCGAAAUGUCGAGUAAAUCUUUUUAUAUUUAACUUCUUAUAGCACGAUAUUGUGGAGUGGAAAUUUAAAAUGCGCAUCGCGAAUGUUGUGAAGCACGAAUUUUCCUGUCAGCUAAAGGCAAGAGCGAUGAAUAGUUUCACUAUCUACUACAAUUCUCUGCGUGAACUGCAAUGUUGCGAUAUAAGCUUGCUGCUUAAUUCCAUCGCCAGGGUUUUACGCUACUGUAGAAUGGAAUAUGCUCUCUUAUUUUGUUUUGAAAUAUACGAUCGACUCGUCUCAUUUUGAUAUAGAGUAAAUUAGUUUAAAUGCAAUAUCAGAAAGCUCUGAUACGUGAUCGAAAAGAAAGCAUCGAUGAUUCAUUCAAAUCUUGCAUGUCGGGAAGCAGAGCUACCGUUUUUAAAACGAGUCAAAGAUGGAAGUGAACAUACUAAAGCGUUGUGAAAUUCCAUCGUAAACUUUUUGUCUAACUUGUUUACUUGCCUCCAUGGGCCUGCAUUCCACUAUUCAUUGUUCAAUUAUUAGUGUAACAAAUCAAAGCUAUGGCCCUCUGCAAAACCUGUUUUAUUUUUAACAACUGGACUGCUACAUGCUUUUUUCCUUUUGUAUAUAUUUCUUUCCUUAUUGCUGAAUGUCAGUGAUCUUGUAAGUCCUGUAGUUUUGUGUUUUCAAGGAUAAUGAAUUUUUGAGGGUUUUGAUAGAUAUCUUGCUUUGCACUCAUUAACAAAGACAUUUUUGGGAAAUGCCUUCAGAGAUUUUUUAUUAUCAUCCUUGUAAUUAUUGUUUUCAUCUAGAGACUUAGUUUUUAUAACUGCUUAAAAAUGCACAAAAUAAAUGUUAUGGUUUUUUCCUUCUGUUUCCUUUUCCUACUUUUGCCUCUAUAGGCAGCAAAGUGCAUGCAACAUUCGUGGUUUUUCAAUUUCAUUCUCUAUUUGGAGGCAACAUUAAUGCCUUCUUGUAAACCUAAAGUACCAAGUAAUAAGCUUCAACUGAUGAUUCAACCUUUUGAUAUCUAUUUAGGCACUGUCUAUCUAUUGCUAUCUAAAAUCAAAGUCAGUCUUACUUGCCUGUCUGUUAUUAUUAGUAGACAGAAUGAUGCAAUGGCUCUCAUUAAUGUAGGGUGCUUGUUUAAAUAUCAGGCCUUAGUUGUUUGAAAGCUGGAUAAGGCUAUCCACUGGAUAUAUCUCUGUCCACUAGAUAGCAAAUUAUCUGUUGGAUAGCUUUAUCCAUCCUUCAUAAAAUUGCACUUUGGCUUUUGUGGUCAAUUCUUCAUGAGGAUGAGCAGUAUUCAGGGAAGCAUCUGUAAUGCAGGCACCUGACCCAAAAUAACAUAGGAGAGAUUGUUGAAGCCUGCUAUUUUGAAGCUCUUGGGGUUUAUGAAGAGCAAAGAUAAUUUAAAUUUUGUGUUAAAAAAUGAAUCAUUCUUGAUGAUUGUAGUAUACUGGAUGAUGCUGACAACUCUGAACAAUGAAUUUACAGAUGGGUUUAAAAAUGUUGAAAUUUUCUGUUGAUUUAUGCUUUUUUAUGUUUUUGUUGAACAUCGAAGAAAGCUGACUUCUUUGCUGUUGAGGUUUGGCUCUCUGGGCAAACAAACUUGAGCAAGAUGGGAUACUCUUUGUGAGAGCCAUCCUCUAUGCCAUUGUGCUGAUUCAUCAGAAUGUGAAAUGUUUAGAGAUGAAUCAUCAAGCAGUAGUAUGGAAUGAAACUGAAAAAAUGCAGCAUUAAUGUAAACAUCACAAGUUGUUGUAAGAAGUUACUGAUCCAAGAAGUAAUUUGGCUCACAGGGCAUAACUCUUUGACCCCAUAGUGACUAGGAUCCAAUUUCUCCCUAUGACAUUCCACCUGGAUUGCUCAGUAAGGUCACAAGAAUAAAGAAAAUUAAUGUCCAUGAAAUAAGGUCUUGAUCGUCAAACAAACUAACCAUGUCAGCACCCCAGGAUAUGUACACAGAACAGUUUAGAGAAUAUGCAUGCUGAUGUUAGGGUGUAAAGGAUUAGCACUAUCCUUAGCACAGGCAUGUGGCUAAUCAACAUUUGCAACUGUAGUAACAAUAAGACAACCAAAUUUAAGUGGAGGUCUGCCAGUGUAAGGACUUUGAAUUGAUGAUACUCUGAAAAGGGUGGCUUCACUUCAAACCAAUAUUUUAUAAAUAUGUGGUGUGUCAAGAAUUUGAAUCAUGGCAUGUAUUGGGUCAUGUUAAGAACAAGAGAUGUGGUCAGCUGAAUGAUUUCUGCAAAUGAAAGGGUAGAGAGAGAUUAUAUUGACAUUGCUGUAUUUUGAUGUUAAAUUAAAUAUCUGAUCUAAGCUCAUGGUAGUUUUCUUAUACACAUAGUAUACCAGCUCUAAAAGGUGAAGAAGGAUGGUUCUAAAAUGAUUUGAAUGAUGCUGUUUUAAUAAAUAUGAUUUCAGUGGAAUGAAUAUUUUCUUCAUAAUUUAAACCUUUCUAUUUUGAAAAUUCCCGUUUGCAAUUUUUGGCUGACUGCUCUAAUUGUUCCUUAUUUAGUCAAAUUCCAAGGAUGGGGAACUGGAUGACAAGUUCCAGAGUUUGUCUUUGAACAACAAUGAAAAGAAAGCUGACACACCAAUAGAGGAGGUAAUCACUACUUUUUUCACUGAGCUUUGUUUGUAUGUAGUAUGGAAUAUUGUCUUGGGUUAUUUCUCAACCAAAAGGAACACUUUUUUGUGAUGUUUCACAAGUUUACAAAUAUUACUUCUUCGUUGAUAGUUAUUAAUUUCUGUUCCCUUAAGUCACCUUUUUUCAUAUGAGCUGCAUGUAAGGAUUGAAUGCUUUUUAGUGUCCAAUUAUGAAAAUGAGUUGUUAGAAAAGUUGUUUCUUCAAUCAAAACACGCUCCUCUUCCUGAAAAAUGACCAAGAGACUGUAUUUAAGUACAGCAAAAGAGAUUGAUAAAUUACAGAUGUUUAAAAUAAUUAUCUUUGAUAUCUGACUUGAACAGAUCUUCAAAUUAUUUGGAAACCCACAUUGUAUCUAAACUUUGAAUGAAUUUCUUAGCUUGUCUUCCUCUCCUUCCUGAAACACACUCUUAAAGAUUUCAAGAGUGUCAAUCAGAGUAGAACAGAGAAUUUGGAAAGUAGAUGUUUUUAUAACAUUCCCACAGUAUGGCUGUCAGGGGGAACAGCUAACAUUACCGGGGCUGCCAUGCGAUGAUAACAAUGCAUAUAUUGCUUAUGUGCUUAAGGCCAAUCAAGCAAUCUUGCCUUCAGUUUAUUUCAUGAAACUGUAUGUGAGAAUUUUUCGAUUUAAGACAAAAUCAAUUUGUUUAAUCCUGGUUUAUCUCUUGCGAGAUGCUGAGUGAGUUGUAAUUUCAGGUCUUGUUCCCAUUAUUUUGUAUUAUAAGUUAUAUCUUAGCCUUAACUGCAGAUUUCAGAAAAAUUUUUGAAGGGUUUAAUACAAUUGGCAAGGAUGAAUCUGCUAACAGAGUCUCUACCAUUUGACAUAUAUCCCAAUCGUGGGUUAAGUUUGCUCAGUUAAUCUGCUGGAAGCCUUGUUAUGUUUAUUUCUCAACCCUUCAACCCUCAAGAUCUGAUUGUUAAUUCUCCUCUCUAGCUGCUUAACAUUUCGUUUUAAAUUAGUUGUGAGAACUUGAUGUUAAUCAAGAUAGCAACUUCUACCUGAUAAGUUUGAAUAUUCUCAUUACCUGUCUGCUGAUUAAUGUAUGGAUAUUAUAGGGAGAAGUUUUAUGUGAAUCACUUCUGGGAGUUCAAGGGUUAAAUAAAUUUAAUCCAAUCAUGUUUUGCAGAUUGCCUCUACUGCAAAAAAACUUUGGGAUGUUCAAGACUCUGGUGAAGAGAAUCAAGGGGGGAUGACAUCUGGCAUUUUUUUCGGUGAACAGUGGAGGGAGACAGCCUGGGGGCCAUCAGUACCUCAUAUGGCACAAUCAGAGCAUGCUGUGUCUCAGCCAAUUAUGGUGCAACGUCCAGCCAAAGGAGGAAAUUUCAACAACCCUUCAGAAUCACAGAGUGUUUUGUCACCCAGAUCAGCUGAUGGAGUUGGGCUUAGCAUGGUUGAAUAUGUUCUGGCAUCAUCACCUGGUGGUCAAGAGUUAGAUGCUCAAAUAAUUAAAGCUGGAUUUGUAUGUAAUAUUUCUAUAUCAUGUUAAAGUGACAUUUAAUAAGGGUAUAGGUCAUCAGUUAAAUGAAAUAGACCUUAAAAAAAGUGUUAGCUCCCCAAUUUUGAACUUGUGAUAUCCAUUUUCAAUUCAUUUAAGUGCUGUUUGAUCUUGCAGUAUAAUGACUAUGAAAAGGUUGUUGAUAUACCUUGCAUCAAGUAUGCAUAAAGAUUGUUUUGGUGCAAAUAUUAAACUGAUAUGCAGAUUGCUUGAUUUUGCUUGAUCUUGGUGCAAUUAAGGGAGGAUUAAGGCAAAUCUCAGCAGCAUAAAACUCUAAAUUUUAAUCUAUCAGGAGUCAAGGAGUCAGGCAAUCAGGCAAUGACAUCCUAAAGGCAAAGAAAUGGCUUAGUUAGCCAGGAAUAUGUUGGCUAGUUACAAGAAGGUUUUCCUUAAAUUCUUCAUAGGAGUAUACAACACUAGCUCAGGUUUUGCCUGACAAGGGAACAAACCAUCUUAUGUCAAGUUAUUUUACAGGGAACGUCUCCAUCGUCUGAUGUUUUGUCUGAUAAAGGAACUAAAUCAAAUGGAGAGAGCAAAGGAAGCAAGGGCGGAUCUCCCUUUGAGGAAGGUGCUGGAGAUGAAGUUAAGCAUGCCCUUCAGGAGGAGCAAGGUCAUGAUUCCCCAACACCUACUGCAAAGCAGAGCUCAGAGGAUGACAAGACAUCUGCCUCCUUUAGGUAUGUGAAUUUUUUUCUUCAAGGGCCAUGCACAUUUGAUUUAAUGUUACUUGGGUAACAUUUUUGUAGCUUACUGCCUAAAGAGGCAUAAGCUACUAUGCUGUCCUUCUGAGUGAGUGAGUGUAACAAUAGAGCCCACAAUGAACUCUGCUGAUUUUGAUCCAAUAUUCCCUGAUCUUAACUCCUUUUUGUAUCUAUGGACUUCUGUGAAGUGGUAGAUACUAUGCUAUCCAGAGUGUAAGUCCUUCUGUAUGUCCAUAACCUGUGGAUAAUGCUUGGAAUUCAGUUCGGUCUUCUCUAAUAUUGUUUGAUUUUUCGUAUCUUGCGUUGGCGAUUCGUGAUUACUCUGUCUGUUCAAAUGCUUGUCUCUUUGGGUGUCAACAUGUAUGUAUCCAUUGAUACAUAUUAAGUAUCUGAUAGUAUUUAGUAUCUCCUGGCCAUGUUCAUAUGACAUUAGAUGACCACAGCUACUGUGCUAGACUCCUUCCUAGGUGCUGACAGUGCUAUUGUCAUUCAGCCCUCAGUUACAUUACCAAAUUCAAACUUGAAAGGAAAAUUAAUUGAAUGUGGCAGCUUUAGAGGGAAAAAACUUUUAAACCUGAUUAAAGCUCUUUUGUGCCACCUAUAAAAGUAAGUCAGUAGUCUCAACUCAAAAUUCACUUCUGGAAACUCUCAAGAAUUAAGUAACAGAAAUCCUGUUUUGAGUUUUAAGGCUUAAAGAACUUUUUGGUGUGAUACCUUAAUUUUAUGCAGACAAACUAGUUAGUUUUCAAUGAUUCUGCAAUGAUAUAUUUCCUGUUGAAGAUGGUCAAGAUUGUCUUGGAUAAGUGACUGUAGUGUAAGCUGAAACAAGAAAGGUGUAAAUAAAGGAAAGUUUCAGUAUGGCAGAGAACUUAGCUAUGUUGGAAGUAUCUUUCUGUGAGCUUGUUGCUUAAACUGUCGAAGUAAUUAGAGAGCUUACUUUUAGAUCAGCAGUAAACUGGUUCAAGCCUAGUUGUAAUGGAAAAAAGACACUUAAUAUAGAAACUCUAAUCUUUGUAUUGGGCAGGAUCCAUGCUGUUAGGAUUUUUACCCAUUAGUUAGGCAUAAGGUAAAAAGCUUUAAGUGAACAAUUAGUUGCAUGAAAAUUCCUUUCUUUUCUUGUCUGAAAAGCCUGGAAACUCCAUUUGAAAGUCUUGCAACUUGACUUGAGCCUCAAUCCUUGAAAUUAUCAAGUUAUUCUCCAGAAUACCUUGACCUUGGCAUUGCAGAACUUUAGUAAUUAAUGCAGCUCUAGCAGCUCAUUGUUGAAUCAAGUUUAUGAUUUAUUCAUAAAUUUUGUCUGAAUUUCAUUUUCUGUAAGACUUUGAGUUGGGGUUGCUAGAAACUGGUUUUUUCAAUAUCUUUGAAAAUUUUUAGAAGUCCUGGUAAAUGGACAAAUGUAGGUUUGAAAUUUUCUAAAACACAAGCAUGGCUUUCAACUUGUGAUGUUUGCAAGUCAAUUUGCAUGUGUAGCACUAUAAGGUAUGCCUUCUGGUCACCUGUUUCCUGUUUCAUCAGAAAUAUAGUUUUAGUAGAUGGUUUGUUUGUAAUAACAUCAUUUGCGGAGGAAUCUCGUUAAGGGAACAUCAUUAAAAAUCUUUUGAACUUUUGAGUUCCAAGAAUAUCUGCUCUCUCAAGGGCAGCUGUUUCAGUUAGGAUCAUGCUUCUUAACCUGAUUGUCUCUGCAAUACUUAUUUUUUUGUGUUAGCAUAAGUCUAGAGGGGUGUUCAAAUGCUUUUUACAUCAUGCAUUCUAACAGUGCACUUGAAAAAAAAAGAAUGAAAAAGUUGGAGUGAGUUUAGUAUUGAUCAUUGACAAAGAUUGAUGAACAAGAUAUAUCUGUUGUCCCAAAGAUAACUUGAGUGAAAAAUUGCACAUUAUAAUAUUCUCAAAGUUACAGAAAAUUUUAUGCAUUUUAGUAUUUUAAAUUGUUCACACUUCACAUUAUUUCCAACCUUCUCCCCACCUCCAAAAGAAAAAUGAAGAAAGAAAAUUAAUAGAUUUUUGUUUGGAGGUUACAUGGGAUUGGCAGUUUGCAAUUGUGCAAAGUUUUAAAGGCAGACAGUUUCUUUGGAGAAAUUCUAGAAACAUGACAUGGAGAAAAUGUAUGCAAAACUUCUGGCAUAUGCAGGGUACUAUUAUGCUUGUGAUUGUUUUUGGGAUGAGUAAUCUUUAGUUCUUGGCAAUUAGAUUUUAGUGACAAUAACUUAGUUUUCUGUGAGAAUUGAAACAAACCACCACCAAUAACAAUAAACCCUAAAUUAAUAGUUAUGGUUUUUAUUACUUUACCUCAGUGUCAAGCAAACAUCUGGUACCUCUUUUGUGUUGGGAAUAAGACAUCUGCAAACUGACUUUCACAUGAAGAGAGCGUGCAUGAAGAAAGCUAAUUGCCUCUGAAGCCCUGGUGAUUUUCCAGAAUUUUUCAAAUUGUGUCAAAAAUUGUCUUUGAUUUGCUCCUAUUAGUUUCCUAACUGUCGUUUCCCAGGUUUGAAUCCUGAAAUUGAUGGUUCUUGCUGGUCAGAAAUGCAUGAGGAGAUAAGCAAUUCCACAUAACAUUUCACUUGUUUCUUUUUUUAGCCGAACUCCUGGCAGUAGACAACCAUCUCCUACUUCAGGCCCUCAACAUCAAGAUGCUCAGCAGACCACCCAAACACAGCUGCCCACACAGCAACCAGUGGGUCAGAACAAAGCCAAACCCUUCAAACAGUCUGAUGCUAUGGAAGACAUUGUCACGCCUGUGGCAUUAAUAGAUCCUCUGGAAAGUGUACCACUGGAGCAACUUUCAUUUGCACCCCAGAGAGAGCCUGUGGUGGGUACUCCUACAAGUCCAUCAGAUUUUGUUAUGGUCUCUGGAGCAUCUUUACAAAGCCAUAAUGCUCCCUCUCAGCAUGGUCAGUCACUUCACUUGACACAACAUCAGUUGGCAUUAGCAAUGGCUGCUCAACAACAGCAACAACAGCAACAGCAACAACAACAGCAACAACUUGGAUUACAGUCUGGCUUGCAAUCCACUGGUAUUGGCCAUCCAAACCCAUACUUCAUCACAGCACCACCAUCCCAAGAUCCAUAUGGUAAUCCUUCACUUGCUGCAGUCAGUGGCGGUGCCCAUCAGGUGGUCCAUCCUCAAUAUGCAGCUUAUAGUGUUCAACCAUGGGGUGUGUAUUCUGCGGCUGGAGCAUCAGGUACAGGAGGAUACCUUCAACAGCAACAACAGCAACAACAACAGCAGCAUGCUCAGCUGCUCCGCUCUAACUCGGGUGGGAUGACUGGACGGCCUAUGCAGGGACAGGUGGAGAUUAUUGGGACUCCGCCAUCACACCAGCAACAGGCAAUGGCUGCUGCAUCUUCUGGAACUAACUACCAGCUAGUAGCUCCAGCUGGGGCAGCCCCUUUGGGACUAGGAACUACUGCUUACUAUGAUCAGUCAGGGAACUUGGUGCUAGGGAAUACACAAAAUGUUAACAAUAUGGCAACAGCACAAAUGGCAGCUAGUCAGAUGGGAGCCCUCAGAAUGGUAUCACCAGUAGUGGUAAAUGCCCAGAAUGCAGGUGCCAAUUCUGUCACUGGAGGACGACUGGGAAGUGCCAGCUCAAUGGGUGGUGCGUCAACAUUAGGGCUGUUUGGACAACAGCAGCAACAGCCACAAUUGAAUAGCAGUGCUCUGGGUAUGCUGGGAGGUGUUGUGGGAGGCUCGUCUGGAGUUGGGGCUGUUGGUACCAUUCCAGGUGGAGGAACUAGAAGAGAUUCUAUGAAUGCUACUGAAUAUGGCAAACGAGCAGGAAUCACCCAGUACUAUACAACCCCAGGUGCUGUAAGCAGCCUUGCAAGUUUGUCAAUCUCAGCACAACCAUCUUACAAUACUCCUCAGGAGCUGCCAACACCUCCUCUUCUUUCACAGGGACAGUCAGGGUUUGGUGGUCAGUCAGCAUAUGGCGGACAGUCAGGCUUCACUGUAGGAAGCCCCUUAUCCAAUGGACUCUCUCGUUACAUGCAACUUGCAGCUGCUCCCAGAGAUACUCCUACAAAAUAUCAGGGAUCACUUGGUGGACUAGGUGGAAUGCAAUAUGGCAGCUCGGCUUUAGGUGUUGGUAGCUUUAGAGGAUCAAGAGGUAAAGAAACAGGGAGAAGUAGGCUUUUAGAAGACUUCCGUAAUAAUCGCUAUCCCAACAUCCAGCUGCGUGACUUGGCAAAUCACAUUGUGGAAUUCUCACAGGACCAACAUGGUUCAAGAUUUAUCCAGCAAAAAUUAGAACGUGCUUCUCCUACUGAAAAGCAGAUGGUUUUUCAUGAAAUCCUCCCAGCUGCUUACAGCUUGAUGACUGAUGUGUUUGGAAACUAUGUUAUACAGAAGUUCUUUGAGUUUGGGAGUCCUGAACAGAAGCAUCACCUUGCCAACUGCAUUCGGGGACAUGUGCUGCCUCUUGCCUUACAAAUGUAUGGAUGUCGCGUCAUACAGAAAGCAUUGGAGUGUAUUUCUCCAGAUGUUCAGGUAUGUUAACCCUCAGUGAACACGUACUGUAUUUCUACAAGAAAUUUACAUCUAAGGAUCAGGAAAUUCACUCAGCCACAAAUGGUGCAAUAUUAGUCUUAAAUUGAAGUACUGAAAUGUAAAAAUAUCUUGUACAGUUUUGUGAAGUAAAUUUUAGCUGUGCUGAAUCAAAGCAAUUGUGAAGGUAUGAUUUGUCCUUGAAUUGAUGUCCUGAUAGAUGGUGAGACACAAAGGCACUUAUUUAACUCUUUAACUAUCAUGAGUGACCAAGACAGAAUUUCUCCCUACAAUAUUAAUAAAAUAUCUAGCAGAAAUGAGGUGAGAACAGAGAAAAAUAUCAAUUAGGGGAUUAUUAGGUGCUCCAAUACCAAAUUCCCAAACUAACAUUAUAAGAAUUUUAUAGACAGUAAGGGGAAUUACUCGUGUGAUCUUGCAAGUGAAAGGGUUGAGACUCUUAUCCCUUUCCCUCCCCGGAUCUCUUUCUUAAUUCUCCUGACUGUCUGCCAAACAGUUCUUAUGAUGCAAGUUUGGAGAAUUUGGUGCUUGAUCAGCUAAUGAUCCCCUCAUUGAUAUAUAUAUAUAUAUUUAAAUUCUCAUACCUUGUCUACUUGAUAUUAGUCCAGUCCUUGUUACAGAUGUACAAGUUUGUCCUUCCUCUUCUGUGUCACACAAUAAAAUAUGUGUGAAUAUGUCUACUAGAUGGGGUCAACAACACAUUGUCUCUUUUAAAUAGCUAUGUUAACUUAUGGUAUGUUAUGUGUUGUAGAAUGAUCUGGUCAGAGAACUGGAUGGACAUGUGCUGAAGUGUGUCAAGGAUCAAAAUGGGAACCAUGUAGUACAGAAGUGUAUUGAGUGUGUUGACCCAUCUUCUCUUCAGUUCAUUAUUGGAGCUUUCCAGGCACAGGUAUUUAGUAGAUACAUUUUAAAAACAGUUGUUGCUUCAAUUGUAGGUAUGUUAAUGUCUGUGAUGAUAAAACAUGCAGAAAAAUUGUUCUACAAAAAAAACUUCAAGUUAACAGGAUCUGUUAACCUUUGGCAGCAUUCAUUGCGCAAAGGUUAGUGGAGUGGAGUGGAGUGGAGAAAAUUAAUGAAGCAUCCCAAGGUUUAACCCUUAAACCCCUAAGAGUGACUCGCAUCUAAUUUCUCCUUACAAUAUCAUCCCUGAGUCACACAUUAAGGUCAUGAGAAUAAAGUUUUGAUUCCAAAGUUCCUACUUUGUAUUUGUUUUUUUAUUGAUGGUGAUGUUUAUGAAUAAAUCUCCAAGUUAAGAUUGUUAAUUGUUAAUGCCAAGUAUUGGGAAAAGCAAACAAUAGGGGGACUCUAGGGGAGCCUUUUCCAGGAUUCUAUUUUUCUGGAAAAAAGAAAAAAAAUAAAAGCUUAGUUUCUUUUUGUAAGUUUGCCAUUUGCGACUUCACCAAACAAAUUUUUUUCUUGGUUCCAAAUAUUCAAAGUCAAUUCUCCAUGAUACCAUGAAAAUGACUAUCAGUGAUGUUACUUAACUUGUGGAUAACUCAUUGUUCCAUAAUUGCAGGUGUAUGCUUUGUCAACUCAUCCUUAUGGAUGUCGUGUGAUCCAACGUAUCCUUGAGCACUGCAUGCCAGAGCAGACCUCACCAAUACUGAAUGAGUUGCAUCAGCAUACAGAAAGACUGGUUCAAGAUCAAUAUGGUAACUAUGUGAUCCAACAUGUCUUGGAACAUGGCACACCUGAGGACAAGAGCAAGAUUGUGCAUGAACUCAGAGGCAACAUACUGAAUUUUAGCCAGCACAAAUUUGCCAGGUAAUUUUGCUUUUAAGAAUUAUCUCAAAGCUGAAACAAAGGGGGUAUCCAUAGUAAUUUCUUCAAGUAACAAGCACUAAAGUUAUUUCAAGUUUGAAACGACUGAAAAAAGAAAAACAUCAAAAAAUGAACCAUAUGUUUUAUUUAUUACCAACAGUACUCAAUUUUUUCCAAGUCUACCAUAUUUCACAAGUUUAGAAGAUUGACUGUCUCUUUUUCCUUUUCUUUUUUUUUUUAGCAAUGUGGUUGAGAAGUGUGUUACUCAUGCUUCGCGUACAGAAAGAGCUAUGCUCAUUGACGAAGUUUGCAGCAGCAGUGAUAAGUAAGAUGCAGUGUUUUUUUUCAAUUUUCCUUAGAAUGUCAAUAAAUAUGUGCCCCUGAAAUGCUGUUACUUUGAUCUUUUUUAUUUUAUUUUUUUGUUUUAUUUUUUUUAAGCAAAUUCUGAUGUAAUCUUUACUUUGACACUUGAUCAAUAUUUGCAAGGCUGCAACUUCUUUAAAACAUAGAUAUUUAUGCCUGUAUGUUUUGGUGGAGAUUAACAAAUUUGUACUUGAUAUGCAUUUUGUUUGGUUUAGAAAAGAGAACUUUUUUAUACUUAAUAACUUUGGAAAUGUCUCAAAGGUUGUUCCCAAACAUAUUUUGUUACUUCUAGUGAAAAAUUUUUAUUUCAGUAUUUGCAGAAGGCGAAAUGAACAUUUGUGAAUAAUUGUCAAAGUAAUUAUCAACAACAUUCAUUGAGCCUGAGGCAAAUAAUUGUUUUAGUAUAAUUGCUCAGGUGCUGCUAUAGAUUUGUUUUGAUGUUGAACCAUUCUUUUGCAAUAGCUUUGAUUACUUCUAUUGAGAUAAGCAGCCAAUUUCUAUUUGAAUUUAACAGGUUUAUUUAAUUCAGCAGGCAAAAGCUCAACAUAUAUUUUGAAAAGUGGUAUGUCAAACUCAGUAGCAUCUUUUGCACUCCUUGGAAUUGAAUUUCUAUAGCAAUUUUAACUUCCUCUGUAACACUGACGAAAUGUAAGGCAGCUAUUUUGAAAUUUAGUGCUCUCACUAUAAUCAUCAUGUGCUAGAUGAUUAUAGAAAGAUGAUGCAAUCCCUGACCAAUCGACCUGAGUGCAUCUCUAUAAUCACUAGAGCAAUAAUAACUUUCUGUAGACUUGCUACUUUGGGAAAAUACACUGAUGUUUAAUUCUUGACAUGACUUUUUAUGUUUAGUGCCUUGUACACUAUGAUGAAGGAUCAGUUUGCAAACUAUGUUAUUCAGAAAAUGAUUGAUGUGGCAGAACCACCUCAACGCAAGCUGCUGAUGCACAGGAUUCGGCCCCAUGUGGCAACAUUGCGCAAGUACACUUAUGGAAAACACAUUUUAGCCAAGUUAGAGAAGUACUACAUGACAAUGAAACCAACACCAGAUUUCCUCCCUUUGACAAAUGGUCCUUUGCUUUAGAAACAUACUUGGUUGAAGGCACCCAUUUUCUGUUUGUUUGUUUGUUUGUUUUUUUUUUUGCUUAAAUUUUUUGGAGAUGUUUUUAGAUUUGACAUCAUGAUUAUAGAUCUAUUGAUACUGAUCAAAACCUUGAUUUGGUGAAAUAUUUUCAUUCUUAUGAAGCUGUAAAUUUCCUUGUAAAACUGUAAAGAAAAUCCUUUCUUAUAGGUGUUGAUCUUAUAUUUUACUCAAUUUAAAAUCUUUUUUCUCCAAAUCAGUUCUCAUUAUUGACGUUCUCGGUUCAAUUAUUGAAUUUUAUGCAUUGAAAAGCUUCAUCUGUGUGUCAACUGUACCAAUGAAUGCAGUUAAUUUUUUUUACCUGUAAUUGUAUAGGUAAAACGUAGUUGUUGCGUCUUUUUGAUCAAGGGCAGAUUGAUGGUUGAAUUUUAUCAUUUCAAUGAACUUUUAGUUUUCUUAAAUGGAAUAGCUAUCAUUGAUGACAGUUACAUGUUAAAUGUAUACAUUUGCUUAAGUAAUAGUUAAUAAAAAUGCUAGGUCCGAUAAUUGUAGUAUUUCCUUCCGCGUGGGAGGUAGAUUCUUUUUGGUAGAUAGAUAGCACAUGCAUGUUAUGUUAAUAAACAAAGCUUAUUAAUUAGGAAAAAUUACAGGCAGUCAAAGCCAGAGUCAGCAAUCCUGUUAUUUCAAGUGGGUUUCUAAGAGCUGUGAGUGUCCAUCCCGGCAGUAUGUAGACGUGUUACUAUGAAUCAAAGCCUGCAAAGAUUAUUUUAAAUUUUAUUAGGUAAAUGUACAAUUUACCAUUUUUGGCAUCUGUUUUGACAUUUAGAAACGGUUAAUCUUUUAUAAGAUAAAUUGUUUCCCAUACUAGUUAGCAAAGGAAGUACAUGCCUGUC